AACUCAUGGUAGUAAUUCUUCUGCUGGAAGAUGCGGGAGCCUCUUGGGAUCUACGUGGAUAAUACUACUUUCCAGCGCCCAUUACUUUCUGGAGUGGCUUUUGCAGAACGAGAGGGUCAUUGCGAGAAGGAAAAUUCUAAGAGAGGGGAGAAAUGGGAGAUGAUGGAUAUGACCUUUAUAAAACCGCCUUCGCCCAUUCAAGCAUGCGCACAUUUCUGUGAAGCUAACACCGCUAGUGUGGAUGCACUUCUGAAUUCACUCUGCACAAGGAUUAGAAAGGAAGAUCAAGAUCAUGUACUGAAGGGAAGAGCCUUUGAGAAAGCUGUAUUGUCAGGCCCCUUCAGGCUGUUACCAUCGAAUCGGAUUGGAGUGAUUUUGACAUAUCCUGUUUACAGAUCCACACUAUCACCUAGCAUGCGUUUGGAAGAGCAUACAGUGGCCACUGCAGGGUUUGUCUAGUGCUUCUCUUUCUCGCAGCAUUCUUUGGUACAAUUAGGAUCGAUCGAAUGAGUAUGUGGUCCUCUCCACUUACCAAAUCAGUCCUCAAAUUAAUAUACAAAUAUCAAUUCAGUCCUAAACUUUUUUAUUUUUCCAAAUAGUCCUAAACUAUUGGAGCUAGUUUCAAAUGCUUCAAGUUUGCACUGGGAUGCUCGAGUGAAAUUAGCCUCCUUUGCCCUAAAGGCUCGCAUUUCAGACAGAUCCGAAUUACUUCUUAUUUUCCUGCUAUGAUUUCUUAAUUCUAUAUUUUUAUUAUUUAACCAUUGGCUGUUCUAUGACAAAUGCAUAAUGGUGUUAGUGUCCUAUAUUGAUUGCAACCUUGAUGUUGUGACAUGAAGAAUUUGUGCGAUAAUGUUGGCUUCUGCGUGCCGCGUUCAUGCAUAUUCCAGAUGCUUAGGUGGGAGGCUUUGGUCAAGUUUGCCUUGCAUUAUGUAUUCCAAAACGUUAACGUCUGUCACGAGGAUACGCCCUUGGCUAUCUGUAUCUUCUCAUACCCAACCGAUUCUUUCGUUUCUCUGUUGGUUAAUUUAAAUGGAUAUGUGUGAUUAAAAUUUACA